CGUGACCCUGAGAGGCCGCCGUCGCGCGCAGUGCGCAGACAGGACGUCCGGCGUGCGCAGGCGCACGGCGCAGAGGCCUGCCGGAAGCCAAGAUGGCGCGUCGGUGUUGUCCUGGCCGCAGUUGGCGCCUGGUCAGUUUCUGAAGCGGGUGUUUUGGAAGAGGCUGUGGCGGACGCCCUCUUCGCCGCCAUGGCCCGGCAUCGGAAUGUUCGAGGCUAUAACUACGAUGAAGAUUUUGAAGAUGAUGAUCUCUAUGGCCAGUCUGUAGAAGAUGAUUAUUGUAUUUCUCCGUCAACAGCUGCUCAAUUUAUUUACUCACGACGUGACAAACCUGCUGAGCCUGAAGAAUAUGAUUAUGAAGAUCUGAAAGAAUCCUCCAAUUCUCUUUUGAACCAUCAGCUAAGUGAAUUUGAUCAAGCUCGUCUUUAUUCAUGCCUUGAUCAUAUGAGAGAGGUAUUUGGAGAUGCUGUGCCAGAUGACAUAUUGAUUGAAGCAGUUCUGAAGAACAAGUUUGAUGUGCAGAAGGCUUUGUCAGUGGUUCUGGAACAAGAUAAAAUGCAGAAAUUGAAGGUCAAGAAUGAAGGAGCAAUAUCCACGGGAAAGACAGCAAAAGGAGUCUUAUUAUCUUACUCUGAAGUUUCAGCUGAUAAUGUUCAAAGCUCUUGUCCUCAGUCUGAAAACCAUUUGGAUUGCAGUAGCAAAUCAUUUGAUUUUUCUGGUCCAGUAGCAAAAUGUGGAUUAUAUCAUAAUUCCUCAUUUGUACCAAGUCACUUUUUACUCCAUAAAAAAAAGAAACUUGACAGGCCUAGAAGUGAAAAGAAACUAGAAUCAUGUAAGUUAAAAGAGUUAUCACUAGCUGAACUAAUUGAUGAUAUGCCAAGAGAUUCUUUUAAAAGUCAGCCAUCUGUCAGAUUACCAUCUACAGAUAGUCUGGAAAGUCUAGUUUCAAAGAGUCUAGAUGCCAAUUUGUUAGGAUCUCAUGCAUCUGAAUGUGUCCCCAAAGAUGAUUCUGCUUUCAAAGGAAUUCCAGAUUUAAAAUCCUUAAUGAUUAAGAACACUACACUGAAUAACUCUUUAUUUAUUCAAAAUAAUUCACUACCUGAUUUGCAAAACAUUCCAGUGCGAAGCAGUUUAGAAAGUUUAAAUAAUCCUUUGCUCCUGACUAGCUCAUUGGAAAAUACGGCUCUUGAUAAUUCAAACGCUCAUAAAGUGACUGAAGUUGGAAACAUUUCUUCAGUUGAACAAAGUCCGAAGAAUUAUAUUUUAAAAAAUGACAAUUUGCAGUUUUUCCAAUGUGGAAGUCCAUCCCUAGCUGAACUGUUUCAGGACCACAAAGAAAACAAUCCAACCCAAUGCUGUACUUUAUCUGAUCUUUGUAACCAGUCAUCUGCCAGUUUGGGAUCCUUUCCCCUAUCACAACUAGCAAAUCGGUGUAUGUCUUCAACCGGAGUAUCAGAAUUAACAGGAUCUCUGUCAUCUUUGGCAUUUCAUAAAACUACUCCUACAAGAGACUUUGAGAAUUUGUCACUUUCUGAUUUGAUUGCAGAAACCAUUGAUACAGACAGCGCUCAGAAUAAAAAAGAUUCUGUUAAGCUCAGUUUAUCUGAAAUGAGGUCACCUGAAAUAGAUUCAAAUAUUGACCUUAGUGUUCUUAUAAAAACUUCAGAUUUUGUUCCAAAACCUGUAGUAGACCAAUCAGUUGCUCCAACACCAGGAACUAAAGUUCUGAGUUCAAAGCUAGGGAAACAUUCCAUUUCUGCUAAGGAUAAUAAGAAAAACAAUAAAGGCUCUCUGAGUAGGAAACCACCUUAUUCUCUGUCUUGGACCAAGGCCCUUGCUGCUAGACCUUCAGCUUUUGCUUCAACCCUGUGUCUUCGUUACCCAUUGAAAAGCUGCAAGCGACGCACCCUUGACCUUUAUAAGACUUUUCUUUAUAAUAGACAAGUUCAAGACAUAAAGGACAAAGAAAUAAGUCCUCUUAUAGCAAUAACACCAUUUGACUUCAAAUCAGCAUCUCCUGAUGACAUUGUAAAAGCUAAUCAAAAGAAAGUUUUUACUAGAGAAUAGUCACAAAAAGGAAAACUUGAUAACUGUUGUAGAGCGUUUUAUUUUAAAGUGACUUAAAGUCUUUAUAGGAUGACUUUAUAUUAUGAAUUUAAGUUGUGAUUUUCAUAUUAAAAUUGUCUUAAGUUGAUAAGUUUAGUUGAUAUGAAUUUUUGCACUGAAAUUUCAUUUUUACUCUUUUUUAAUGAUAACUGGCUUUAUUUAAGUUGAUAGCUUAUACUGGGUGUAUGUUUACAAAUUGCAUAUGAAAACUUGAUAUUGUGAAAUCAAAUCUCAGAUACAAUAUUUUUGUUUGAAGCAUUGAACUUUUUUACAAUGAGACAUUUUCUUUUAUAAAAUAUUUUUGUGCUUUGUUUUUAAAUAAAAUGCUACCAUUUAGGAUUAUUAUAGUUUAGUGAUGAAUAUUUUUCUUAUAUGUGGUAUAGCAUAGCUGAGACAGAAUUACAUUUUAAAAUAUUACUGGUAUCAUUCCAAGUUUCAUUUUUUUUCUGGAGGUGAAACUAAAGUUUUUCUAUCAGAAAAAUCUUUAAAUUCCUGACUUUUCAGAAUACUGUGGAGGUUGUUGAAAUACAUUUUUUUGAUGAAAAUAAAAAUUCUUCAAGGGAUUGUGUAAAUAUUGAAGUUGAAUUAAAACAAAGUAUUUUUAUAUAUUUUCAAGACCAUUUGUCCUAAAUGCAUACUUCAAAAUAAAUAUAUAGAAAAUUUUUAA